AAACGUAUUCAUUUAAAUAAGUUGAUUCAAUAUAAAUUUGUAAUUCAUUUCGUCUCAUACUAAGAUAGAUAUAUAUUAUUUUAAAUAAUGGUGGACUAUCAUGCACGAGGUUGUGAUACUAUGCAGUCUUUAAAGGACAUGGCAAACAAACUUAGAAUCGAUUGCAUCGACGCUACUCAAGCAAGUGAGUCUGGACAUGUGACAUCAUGUUCAUCUUCCGCCGAGAUCAUGUCCGUAUUGUUCUUCAAUACGUUACGAUAUGAUUUUGUUAAAUUCCAGAAAGACCCGAGGAGUGACCCGGUUUGUCAAUGUCAAAGGAAUCUAUUAAGGGAUGGAGGACUUGUUUUCAUUGGAGGGGACAUGCAGCCCCCAUUUUGUAAUGCGGCUUGGGCAGAAGGCGGGGUUAUUUCCCUGUGCGAAAAAGAUCUCCUGAAACUAAGGACAAUAGAUUGGAUCUGGAAAGGUCACCCCACCCCACGGCUGAACUUUGUUGAUGUAGCAACUGGGUCUCUUGGUCAGGGUAUUAGUAUUGCUGCCGGCAUGGCCUAUACGGGAAAAUACUUCGACAAGUACCGUGUCUAUUGUCUACUAGGAGAUGGCGAGAGUGCAGAAGGUUCAGUCUGGGAGGCAUUGGCGUUUUCUAGUUUUUAUAAGCUAGAUAAUCUAGUUGCCAUAUUUGAUAUAAACAGAUUGGGACAGUGCGGACCAACUAUGUUACAACAUAACGUGGAUGUUUUCAAAAACAGACUUGAGUCCUUUGGAUGGAACACAUAUGUGGUAGAUGGGCAUGAUGUAGAGGCGUUGUGCAAAGCCUUCCAUGAUGCUAAAUCUGUCAAAGGGAAGCCGACAUGUAUACUAGCGAAGACACUCAAAGGAAAGGGAUUCCCUGGCAUUGAGGACUCGCCGGGAUGGCACAGUAAAAUCCUUGGACCAAGGGCGGAGUCUGUUAUAAAGAUUAUCAAGGGAAGAAUGAACAGUCAGGGACCAUGGAAUCUUGGACCACAAUGCAUUACGGCCACUGUUCCUAAUGUAGAUAUUACAAAAGUAAUGUUAGCUGAACCGCCAAACUAUUUGAUGGGACAAGAGGUUGCGAUCAGAGUAGCCUACAAUGAUGCCGUGGUCAAACUCUCUAAAAACAAUCCUAGGGUGAUAGCACUGGACGGCGAAACAAACACUUCUACAUAUUCAUAUAUAUUCAAAGAUGCUUAUCCAGACCGUUAUGUAGAAGGUUACAUAGCAGAGCAGAAUCUUGUCGGGGUAGCAAUUGGCUGUGCUGCAAGGGACAGAAAUAUUGUGUUCUGCAAUGGUUUUGCUGCUUUCCUCACACGGGCAUUUGACCAGAUCAGAAUGGGAGCAAUUUCAUUGACAAAUGUAAACUUUGUCGGUUCACAUGCUGGUGUAUGCAUAGGAAAAGAUGGUGCUUCACAAAUGGCGAUGGAAGAUAUCGCAAUGUUUAGAUCUCUGCCAGACUCGACUGUGUUCUGUCCAAGCGACGCUGUUUCUAUGCAAAGAGCUACUGAGUUGGUCGCUGGUAUAAAGGGAAUAUGCUAUAUCCGGUCAAGCCGUACCGUAAUACCGGUUAUGUAUCGUAAUGAUGAAUUGUUUGAAAUUGGAAAAGCUAAGGUCGUUAGAAAAAGCGACAAUGACAAGGUUACGGUUAUUGGGUCUUGUGUAACACUAGUAGAGGCCAUGAAAGGCGAUGAGCUUGCUAGUAAAGGGGUCAAUAUCAGAGUUAUAGACCCUUUCACCCUGAAACCUCUCGAUACUGAAACAACUGCCAAUGCACGAGAAACUGGUGGUAACAUUAUCACUGUAGAGGACCACUACAUAUGGGGUUUGCGUUAUUUUAUUUCGUAUGUGAGAAGUUAG